AUGGGGGGAAGGACCCUCACCGCAGUCUCUUUGUUUGUGUGUCUCUCUUCUCUCUUCUCUCAUUCUGUCGGUGAGAUCAAAUCAGAGAGAAUCGUCGCGGACUCUCGCUCCAUGAUCGUCUUCGAGAAGUUUGGAUUCACUCAACGCGGCCACGUCAACAUCAUUGUGUCCAAUGUCUCCUUCUCGUCUGCCUUGGGUAGGGCAGAUCCGAAACUCUUCGGCUUCUUCCUCCUAUCUGAUGAGAGCUUCAUCCAGGCUGUCUAUGAAUCCCAGCAGCAUAAUCAUAGCCCUAACCCUAAUCCCCAGGCCAAUAGUGACGACAACAAAUGCGUCCUCUUCAGUAGGUUUGUCCAACUUCUUUUCAAUUUCGAUGAACUCCCGCAGAAUUCCCCUUCUUUUUUAAACAAAACUUUUCCCAUUACCCAGCCAGAUGAGUACAGCCUCAUCUUCGCUAGUUGCGUCCCUGAGACGACGGUCUCAAUGUAUGUCCGCACGGAGAUGUACAACGGCCUUCCGGACGGACCCCGUGAUUACCUCUCUGCUGGUCAAUCAAGCCUUCCCUCCAUCUACACUUUUUUUGCUACGGCUUACAUUGUCUUCGUCGGGAUAUGGAUCUACAUCUGCCUCUUCAAGAACAGGCCCUCCACUCACCACAUCCAUCUUCUGAUGGGCGGACUUCUUAUUGUCAAGGCCUUGUUCCUCAUCUGCGCAGCGGAGGACCAGCAUUAUAUUAAAGUCACUGGAACCCCACACGGCUGGGACGUCGUUUUCUACAUAUUCCAGUUCUUGAAGGGUAUUCUGCUCUUCACCGUAAUCGUUCUGAUUGGAACUGGAUGGUCAUUCCUCAAGCCAUUCCUCCAGGAGAGGGAAAAGAAAGUCCUGAUGUUCGUGAUCCCGCUCCAGGUUAUCGCGAAUAUUGCAUCUGUUGUGAUAGGAGAGACAGGGCCGUUCAAUCAGGAAUGGAUAACCUGGAAUCAGGUUUUCCUCUUGGUUGACAUUAUCUGUUGUUGUGCCAUCAUGUUUCCGAUCGUUUGGUCGAUCAGGACCUUGAGAGAAACUUCCAAGACUGACGGAAAGGCUGCUAGGAACCUUGCCAAGCUUACUCUGUUCCGGCAGUUUUACAUUGUGGUUGUUGGGUAUCUAUAUUUUACAAGAAUCGUGGUGUUUGCCCUGAAGACUAUUGCGUCAUACAAGUACCGGUGGGUGAGUGUGGCUGCAGAGGAGGUGGUGACCCUCAUGUUCUAUGCAUUCAUGUUUUACAUGUUCAGACCAACGGAGAGAAACGAGUACUUUGCUAUUGAUGACGAGGAAGAAGAGGCAGCUGAAGCGGCCCUUCAGAGAGAAGACUUUGAGCUCUGA